GAGCCCAUCCUGGCCAUGGUGGGUGAGGACGCCGAGCUGCCCUGUCACCUGUCCCCGAGGAUGAGCGCGGAGACCAUGGAGCUGAUGUGGGUGCGAGCCAGCCCCAGGCAGGUGGUGCUCACGUACGCGCGUGGGCAGGAAGACACGCCGGCCGCAGAGUAUCGAGAAAGGAUUUCGAUGCUGAGAGAGGACAUCACAGCGGGGAAGGCUGUUCUGCGGAUUCGCAACGUCAGAGCCUCUGACAGCGGAACCUUCCUGUGUUAUUUCCAAGACGGAGAUUUCUAUGAAAAUGCCCAGGUGGAGCUGCAGGUGGCAGCGCUGGGCUCCGAGCCCCACGUGGAACUGCGGGGCCUCGAGGCCGGAGGCGUCCGUGUGGGGUGCACGUCUGCCGGCUGGUUCCCGCGGCCCGUCAUCGAGUGGAGGGACGCCAGCGGACGGAGCCUGCCCGCGGAGGCGGCGCCUGCGGCCGCGGACCCCCAGGGCCUUUACGCGGCCACAGCGUCUGUGGUCCUGGAAGGCGGCUCUGGGCAGGAUGUCUCCUGUGCCAUCAGAAACCCGCUGCUGGGCCAGGAAGAGUCAGCCCGGGUCUCCAUCGCAGGUCCCUUCUUCCGGAACUUGCAGCCCUCGGUGGUGGCCCUCGCGGUGACCCUGGUGGCUCUGCUGGGGCUCCUGGUGGGGACAGGGUGGUUCCUGUGGCGACAGCAGAAGAAGAUCCAGGCCCUGUCCCAGGAGAAGCAGGGGGAGCAAAGCGCCAAAGAGAAGCUGCAGGAUGAACUCAGGUGGAGGAAGAUCCCGUACCUGCCACGUGAGGAGCAGUCUCAGGCCUACGCAGAGUUGAAGACGGCCCUCUUCCAGCCUGCGGACGUGCUUCUGGAUCCGGACACCGCGCACCCCGCCCUCCGUGUGUCUGAGGACAAGAGGAGCCUGUGGCAAGAAGACUCCUGGGAGGACCUGCCGGACGCCCCCGGGAGGUUUACCGGGAAUGAGUGUGUGCUGGGCUGUGCGAGCUUCACGUCGGGGAGACGUUUCUGGGAGGUGGACGUGGGGAAAGAAAAACAGUGGUGUGUUGGGCUGUGCAGGGACAACGUGAGCAGAAAAGUGGGCGUAAAAAUGUCCCCCGAGAACGGGUUCUGGACAGUGGGGCUGUCUGACAACAAUGAAGUCAGAGCGCUGAGGGCCCCUGAGACUAUACCUACCUACGUGCACCCUCCCGAGAGAGUGGGCGUUUUCCUGGACUAUGAGGCGGGGGAGGUGUCAUUCUACAACGCCCUCGACGGGUCACACAUCUUCUCCUUCCCCCACACCCCCUUCUCUGGGCCUCUGAGGCCUGUUUUCAGUACGUUGUCACGUGAUCCCACUGCCCUGACCAUCUGCCCAGCGCAGGAAGCAGUGGGGACACCCCUCGGGCCUGACCCUUUGGAGGCCCCAGUGGCCCCGGACUCGGCGGACGGGAAUGCGGACCCUCAGGCUGAAGGAAUCUCUUUGCUUCUCGCUGCCCAGCCUGGCGCGGAGGGCCCGCUGAACAGCAAAACGCCACAUGAAGAGAAUAUUUACUAAAAACACACAGAGUGAUGGACUUCACUAACAUGCAGUCAUUUUCCCUGUGAUGGUAGGAGGUGAGGGUGCAGGACGCGACUCAGCCGCCCUCACAGAGCAGCCACCGCCCCCGUGCACUGACCUGUACCGGGGGCCGCGCUGACUGCCCCAGGGGACUGUCACUCACUGUCCCUCACGACGCCCCCGAGAGGCAGCCUCGUUUAGAAAGUGUGGAGACCGAGGCAGGGCCCCGGUCCCUGCCGUCUGCGAGGCCCACGGAUUCCGUGCGGCUGGGAGAGG